GAGUGCGCAUGUGCAGUCGAGUCGGCCCGGUACUUCUGGUAGUUCCGGAAGGCCUUGGGUUUUCUGUCUCUCCAUACUCUAGCAUAAACGGAUUGAAAUUCCAGUUUUCUCAUCCCGGUCGCAGCGAUGGGAAAGCUGAAUGUAGUGUUGCUGAGGUACCUGCAGAGAGAUGAUUUCAGAGUGCUGGUUGGGGUCGAAAUGGGAAUGAAGAAUCAUGAAAUUGUUCCACCCAGUCUUAUUGCUUCAAUAUCAAACCUUAAACAUGGUGGAUGCAAUAAGAUCCUGCGUGAAUUGGUAAAGCAUAAACUAUUGGCAUAUGAGAGAACAAAAAUGGUUCAGGGUUAUAGAUUGACAAAUACUGGAUAUGAUUAUCUUGCUCUGAAAACUCUUUCUUCGCGAAAUGUCUUUAAUUCAGUUGGAAAUCAAAUGGGAGUUGGCAAAGAAUCUGAUAUUUAUAUAGUUGCAAAUGAAGAGGAACAACAGUUUGCUUUGAAACUGCACAGGUUGGGUCGUACAUCAUUUCGAAAUCUGAAGAACAAACGUGACUAUCACAAACACAGACAGAAAAUGUCAUGGCUUUAUCUCUCUCGUCUUGCAGCAAUGAAAGAAUAUGCAUAUAUGAAGGUAUUUGCUCCUUUUGAAAUAUCAAAAUAUUCAAUAGAUUUAUUUUGCUUUAGGUGUCAAGUUCACCAGCUUGAUAAUCCAGCAGAAACCUAUAACGAAUUAAUGGAUCUUAUUGUUAAACUUGCUAAUCAUGGUUUAAUUCACGGUGACUUCAAUGAAUUCAACUUGAUGUUGGACGAUGAGGAUCGUGUCACAAUGAUUGACUUUCCGCAGAUGGUAUCUACAUCUCAUCUAAAUGCUGAAUGGUAUUUUAAUAGAGAUGUAAAAUGUAUUCGUGAUUUUUUUAUCAGACGCUUUAACUAUGAAAGUGAACUUUAUCCAACAUUCAAGGAUAUCAGUAAGGUGGCUUCACUGGAUGUGGAGAUUGAAGUUAGUGGCUACACUAAAGAGCUCCAAGAAGAUUCUGAACUGCUAUAUGCUUCAGGCCCUGAAACAGAUGAUGUUGAAACUGGAUUUUCAGAAGAUGAUUUAGAUGAUGAAAGUACAUUCUCAAAUAAAACAUCUGAAAAUGUUGAUUUGGUUUCUGAAGAUGAUGCAGAUUCUGAGAAGUUUCCUACUAAUUUGAAAAUUUUGGAAAGAACAUGUAAGGAUGUUUCGGAAACCAAUGAAAUUGGAAAUAUUGAUCUGCAAAAUCUUAAAAUAAAUGUACGCAAAACUGAAGAGCAAAAUAGUGAAGUUGUUGAUACUGUUGAACUCUCUGGAGUCGAUACAGGGUAUAAUCUUGAACAUGCCUCUGAAGCUGUGCAUCAUUCGGGCCAGAGUGAUGAGGAUCUAGGAGCUGAAGACAAAUGCCCAGACUUAGUGGAUAUAUCAGCUCAAAACAAGGAAUUUAGACCUUUCAGAAAUGAACUCAGCUUGAUGCACGUCAAUGAGCACAGACAGAGGACAACCAGCUUAAGUUCUGUGGGAAGUCUGAUGAGUACUUCAACAAUCCCGCCGGAUGUCAUCAAACGGAAAGUUAAACAACAAUUAUCCAAACAGCAGAAGACAGUAAUCAGAAGACGUUUACAGAAGGGAGAGGCCAACAUCUACACCAAACAGCGACGAGAAAACAUGCAGACUAUUAAAUGGAGUGCUGAAGCAGCAAGCUUUUGGGGUUAAAAGGAGCUUAUUAAAAUUCAAAAAUUGCAAGAAGUUCCAAUCAAGUGAAUACAGUGUAAAUGUAAAAAUUAAUUUGUGGUGAUUUCUGUAUAUUUCAAUUGUUAACAUUUCCUAUAUAAAAGCACAUUAUCAUCUCAAAGUGUUUUUAUUCAAUUUUUAAAACAACUGUUAAAGAGAACAUCUAAAUUUAGAAUUUGAGACUAAUUUUAAAGAUUGGCAUUCAUAUCCAUUUCUGAUCUUGUAUAUCCAUUAUCACAAAUGUCAAUCCCACAGAUAUUUUGCAGCUCGUUUAAUCUCAUGUUUAACUGCAGAGUGAAAGUCCGAUUAGUGUAAUAUUUCUGAUAUGAAAAUUCUUUGCCACUACUCACAGUUACAAACUUGUGUUUUCAUUUCCAACAGAACAAUGUUUUUUGUUUGUGAAAAUGUAACAAUUACUGAAUUAAGUAAGUUCUGAGCAGUAGGUCUACAUGUCGUAUAAACUGGGGUGAUAUUUUUCAGGCUGAUCUUCGCAGUCAAGAGACUAGAGACAGUUAUCCCAUUAGUCUAGUCUAGGCUGAUUUGAGACCAGGUUCCAGAUGUGAAUGGAUGGUUUUUUAAAUCUGCUUCAGUUCACAUGUUUAACAUAUCUGCAGAUAGCACUUUGGGGAAUUGCAUUGCCUUUUAAUUCAAAUGUCAAUACAUUGAAUACCACCCAAGUUCCAUUUAUUGCCUAUCCCUAGUUGUCCUUAAAGUGAUGGUGAGUUAAGCAUCCAAAGUAUAUGGCUUUCAUUUUAUUGCUGAAUGCCAAUCUAGUUCCAUAAACUGUAACUCCUCUCUCAACAGAGCUAAGAUGGGGCUUGAAAAUAAUCAGAUAAUAAUGCUAGCUUAGGAAUUAGACAGGGUACAUUUUAGUGCCUAUCCAUUGGAAAGCAAAGGGAAAGGCACUUGAAGCGUUUCACACUGUAAGUAAGUUAAUAAGCAUUGUCAUCUUUAGUGUACAUAGCUGAAAAGGGCCAGAUUAAGUAAACAAUUUAGGCUGAGGUUGUUGAAUGCACAGCAUGUUGCUUUGAGAUACAUAGGUUUAUUUAUGUUAGGUUUGCAUUAGGCCCAAAUUUGAAAAUUAUGUUGUUCAUUGAUUGUUGCGUUAAUCUCCCAGGGUGCACAUCUCCCUCCAUUUGCUCCUUUUUUUUUCUCUUCCUCCUUUGUUAUAAUUUCCUUUUGCAGGUUUGCAGUUGUGGAAUGUAAAAUUCACCAUCUGACUCUCAAAAUCUUCUGAAGUCGUCAUAUCAGAGUCAACAUUUUCCAUUUCUCUAUCUACUGAUGCUGCCAGACCUGCUGAGUUUCUACAGUGUGUACUGUGUCUGUUAAACAUAACAUGGUAAUGGUCUUUGUUACUUACUUAAGGUUAAUUACCUCGUGGCUACCAGCACACACUAGUUUCAUUAAAUCGGAUAGCAAAUUUUGGCAACAGUACCUGCACCCUUUAUUCUUCAACACUCUUCAUUUAUCAUCAGCUGCAAAUCUUAGCCAACGUUAUAUUUCACUUCUUCUUUUGCAUCCUUUUCAUAUUUCUUAAGUGUCAGCCAUGGCUCAGGUGUAACUGUCACUUGAGUUACAAGGUUCUGGGUUCAUAUGCCACUCCGAAAUAUCAGCACACAAAACAAAAUCAAGGCUGGCAAUAGUGCGGCAUGCUGUCAGAGAAUACUUUCAGAUGGAGCUUUAAACUAAGGCCAAUCUGUCCUGGAUGAAUGUAAGUAAAGAGAUACAGACUCGUAUUCGAGGGACAGAUACUUAAACCCCCACCAUGGCAGGUUGUGAAAUUUAAUUUCAGUUUAUAUCAAAUUUAAAAGAUAAUCUACUGUCAACCAAAUAACCUUUGUCAAUUGGCAUUGGUACAGUAUCCAAACAUGUUGACUAAUAUUUGCUAUGGAAAGAAAUCUGACUUCCAAUACCUGUCUGCCCUAUAUGUGACUCCAGGCCCGCAGCAAUAUGUUAACUCUUACCUUUGGCGGAUUCAGAGGGCAGUUAAUUAAGGAUGGGCAAUUAAUAUCCCAGACAUCUACACUCAACAUUUUAAGAAUGUUUUAUUUUAAAUUGCUUUGUCGCUACCUUGGAGCAGAGCAGAGGAGUUUUAUCAAUGCUUCGACUAAUAUUUACCCUUCAAUGAACAUCACAGAAACAGCUAUCUAAUCAUUAUCACGUUGAUGCCAUGGGAGUUUGAUGUGUGUAAUUUGGCUGCCAUACUACUUACUUUGCAUUAUAUUACAACAGUGACUACACUCAAAAAUUAUUUAAUUGGCUGUAAAACUGUGACUUCUAUUUCAUGUUGAUCAGCAUGUUAAAACAAAUAUAUUUUAACUUCUCCAUAAUACACUACUGUUAUUGUUCUGCUGUUUCAGUUUCAAGCACUCAAUAUUCUAAGCUAAAUGAUUACCAUUUGCCACUUCAUUAUAACCCUGAUCAAUUUUGAAGAUGGAGUACAGCAAAAUAUAAGGACAACAGCCAAAUGCCAGUAAUGACAUUAGGACUUGUACAAAAGUUGGAACACACGUAGAUCUGAAUUGGAUCUUCCAUAACUGUCUGUUUCAGAAUGUUUGGUUGGUUAAGUAAUGUCAUGGUUAACAAGUCUUUAUAGUUGGGCCAUAUUCUAUUGUACUCCGCUCGCUGCACCAACUUGGUGUAAUACUAUUUUAAUAAUGUUCUGUCACAUUGAAGUUAUUCUUCCACUUCACCUUUACAUUCUGUAUGGAGUAAUUUGUAUUUUACCAGUACACACCUCAACUAUAAUAAAAAAAAGUACUGCCAAGAA